UGGAGACUAGCUAGCAGCUGGAAAGGCAUGGCCGCCAUCUCUACAAGCUCAUCAAAGGCAAAUGCUCUAGAUUGACAAAUAAUCCUCAAGCAAAAGUCAUAAGUCACCUCUUUUCUGCCGUUAAUUGGCUUGAUGCAAACUCAAUGAAUGACGGCUCAAUAGUUCGGUGUCCUUAACGUGUGUAUAAGCAUCCUGGCCUGGAAAUAUUACAGACAAAAAUGGAUUCAAGAGGUAAAUGCAGUAGGAGCAACAAACCGGGUACGGGAUCGAAACCUCUUCAAAAAAAAAUCAGAGAUUUGGGUAACGAAGUGAAGAACGCGUUUAAGAAGCACUCAAGCACUAGUCGAAGCCCAAAUGUUUCGCCGUCGCUGAAUGUUACGGCAACUGGUAGACAAUGCCCGGAGAAUCACCCAAGGAAGCGCGCUGUUCUAUGUGGGGUUACUUACCAGAACCGUAAAUUCAAGCUCAAGGGAACGGUUAACGAUGUGAAGAACAUGAGGGAUUUGCUGAUUAAGCGCUUUGGUUAUUCCCAGGAGUGUAUUCGCGUCCUCACAGAAGAAGAAGAAGAACCUGGUUUCUACCCGACGAAGAAGAACAUACAAGAAGCCUUGAAAUGGCUUGUGGAGGGCUCAGAGUCCGGAGACUCAUUGGUGUUCUACUUUUCCGGCCAUGGCCUCCGACAACCUGAUUUCAACAACGACGAGCGAGAUGGAUUCGACGAAACUAUUUGUCCGGUCGAUUUCGUGCAGGAAGGCAUGAUCCUCGACAACGACAUAAAUUCCACCAUUGUUCGGCCGCUCAAGCAAGGUGUCACCCUCCAUGCAAUUGUCGAUGCUUGUCAUAGUGGAACCAUUCUUGAUCUAGAGUACAUAUACAACCCAAAAACAAGUAAAUGGGAUGAUAACAGCGCUCCUUCAAAAGCUCAAAAAAGUACAAGCGGUGGAAUUGCAAUUUCUAUAAGCGCUUGUGAAGAUGAUCAAAUGGCUGCCGAUACCUCUUAUUUCACCGGACAGGAAAUGGCUGGCGCAAUGACGUAUGCUUUGAUCCAAACGCUUGACAGAAAUAAAAAAUUGACAUAUCAAAGUCUACUGAAUAUAAUCCAUGAAACCCUCGAGCAGGUUAACAGUGGAAGCUGCCUCAAAUCCAAGUUAUUACACAAAUUGUUUCAUCACCGAAUAAUUCAGGAUCCUCUGCUAUCAUCAUCUGAAGCGUUCGAUGUUGACAAGAAGGAAUUUAUUCUGUGAAUCGGACUGGGAGGAUGCCAUCAUUUCAACGAGCGUCAAUUA